GAGGCUGGUGGGGCGAGGGGGCCGUUGGGCAGCCCUCCGCACGGCCGCGGGGCAGCAGCGAAGGAGCCUGUCGCUGCACGAAUACCUGAGCAUGAACCUGCUGCGGGAGGCGGGCGUUGCCGUGCCGGAGGGGCAGGUGGCCAGGACGCCCGAGGACGCGUACCGAGCCGCCCGGGAGCUGGGGUCGGAGGAGGUGGUGGUCAAAGCGCAGGUCCUGGCCGGCGGGCGGGGAAAGGGCACCUUCGAAGGGGGCCUCCGAGGAGGAGUGAAAAUCGUGUCUUCCCCCGAAGAGGCCCGGGACGUGGCCUCCCGGAUGAUCGGGAGGCGGCUGUUCACCAGGCAGACGGGGGAAAAGGGCCGCAUCUGCCACCAGGUCCUGGUCUGUGAGCGCAGCUACCCGAGAAAGGAGUACUACUUCGCCAUCGCCAUGGAGGGCGCCUUCCAGGGCCCGGUGCUCAUCGGCAGCUCCCAGGGUGGCGUCCACAUCGAGGACGUGGCCGCCGAGGAGCCCGAGGCGAUCGCGAAGGAGCCGGUGGACAUCAUGGACGGCAUCCGGGAGGAGCAGGCCCUGGGGCUGGCCCGGAAAAUGGGGUUCCCCGCGAAGGUGGCGCGCGAAGCCGCCGAGAACAUCGUGAAGCUCUACAACCUCUUCAUUAAAUACGACGCCCUCCUGGUCGAGAUCAACCCCAUGGUGGAGGACUCAGCAGGGAAAGUGACGUGCGUGGACGCAAAGUUGAACUUCGACAGCAAUUCGGCCUUUCGCCAGAAGCAGCUCUUCGAACUGCAGGACUGGAGCCAGGAGGACGAGCAGGACUGGCAGGCGGCCCGGGCCGAGCUCAACUACAUUGCCCUGGACGGCAACAUCGGCUGCCUGGUCAACGGGGCCGGCCUGGCCAUGGCCACCAUGGACAUCAUCCAGCUCCACGGGGGCACGCCGGCCAACUUCCUGGACGUGGGGGGUGGCGCCACGACGGAGCAGGUGAAGGAGGCCUUCCGGCUGAUCACGUCGAACGAGCGGGUCCGGGCCAUCCUGGUGAACAUCUUUGGAGGCAUUAUGCGCUGCGACACCAUCGCGCAGGGAAUCCUUCUGGCAGCAACGGAGCUGGGGCUGCGGACCCCCAUGGUGGUGCGGCUGCAGGGGACCCGAGUGCAGGAGGCCAAGCGGCUGAUCGCCGAGAGCGGCCUGGGGACCCUCCCCUGCGACGACUUGGACAAGGCGGCCAAGACGGCCGUGAAGCUCUCCGAAAUAAUGACCCUGGCCAAGGAAGCCCGGCUGGACGUGAAGUUCCAGCUGCCCCCCGACUGAGCUGGUGCUGCUCAUGGGACCCCAUCCCGCCCCUGCCUGGGCCCAUUCCUGCGUGGAGGCGUCUCCCCCUCCACAGGCACCCGGUGCCCGGCUUCGGCUGGCCGCCUGUUUUCAGCACGGCUGCUCUUUCGGAAAAGCACCUCUGCUCACAUUGGUCCUUUGCUGCAG